AUGUUAGCAAUUAGAUCUUUUGGCGCUCCUGCGCGAAGACAGUGCAUCCAAGUAUCUUCACGUGCUUGGAAACCAACCGCUGUCCAGGCCCGCCGCACAUAUGCUACCGAGAAACCCAAGAUUGCCCAAUUCCACGGCCAAAAGGGAUCAGAUGGACUUUACACAGUUAGUUUGAUUGAGGGUGAUGGUAUCGGUCCAGAGAUUUCCCAAUCCGUGAAGGAUAUCUUCACAGCCGCCAAGGCACCGAUCAAGUGGGAACCAGUUGACGUUACCCCGCAACUCAGGGACGGAAAGACCACUAUCCCCGCAGAGACUAUCGAGAGUAUCAACAGAAACAAGGUCGCUUUGAAGGGUCCUUUGGCAACCCCUAUCGGCAAAGGUCAUGUAUCUUUGAACCUUACUCUUCGCCGAACUUUCAACCUUUUCGCCAACGUUCGACCAUGUCGCUCAAUCGCAGGAUACAAGACACCUUACGAUAACGUUGACACCGUUCUCAUCCGUGAGAACACUGAGGGAGAAUACUCUGGUAUUGAGCACGUUGUGGUUGACGGAGUCGUACAAAGCAUCAAGCUUAUUACAAGGGAAGCUAGUGAGCGUGUUCUACGAUUCGCAUUCCAAUACGCCGAAGAUAUCAACAAGUUGAAGGUUCGAGCUGUUCACAAGGCCACCAUCAUGAAGAUGAGUGAUGGUCUUUUCUUGAGCACCGCAAACAGAGUUUCCAAGGAUUUCCCAGCCGUCGAGUUUGACUCUGAAUUACUUGACAAUACUUGCCUGAAGAUUGUUACCGACCCAACUCCAUACAACGACAAAGUUUUGGUUAUGCCUAACCUUUACGGAGAUAUUCUCUCAGAUAUGUGCGCUGGUCUUAUUGGUGGUCUUGGUCUUACUCCUUCCGGAAACAUUGGAGAUGAAUGCUCUAUCUUCGAGGCUGUCCACGGAUCUGCUCCAGAUAUUGCUGGCAAGGCUCUUGCCAACCCUACCGCUCUUCUCCUCAGUUCCAUCAUGAUGUUGAGACACAUGGGUUUGAAUGACCACGCAAAGAGAAUAGAGACUGCCAUUUUCGAUGUUUUGGCAGAAGGUAAGACCUUGACUGGUGAUUUGGGCGGAAAGUCUAAGACUCAUGAGUAUGCUGGAGCGAUUAUCAGCCGUUUGUAGAUACAUUAGAUACCCGGUUUAGGGGAGUAUAGACUGUACCAUCAAGUGCAUAAAAUUCCCGGACUGUCCAUAAAAUACUAAAUCUCACAAGAUUACUCGGGAAUUUUUGCUUUGAACCGGUGAUUGCCUAUGAAUUAUUUCGAAAUUUGUCAAUUGGGUGCCUAUUGAUAUGACAACCCGUUCU